UCCUAUGGAAAGAUUUUUGACCGGAUACGGUGUAGACAAAGGAUGGUAUACGUGGAUUUUGAGCAAAGAAGAUUUGUGUAAAGAAUUAUCCAACUGCUUAGAGCCGCCUGAGGGACUCCGUGAUUUCUUAAUAGUAUGGAAAAGCAUAUUCAAAGAUCUGAAAAGGAGAAGAGUUCGAAGCUUUCUCGACGAUAACUCAGUCGAAAUAGGAUGGCAAGCCACCAUUAUGGGAAAUGAGGCGAUAUGGACGGCCCUUGCCCACAGCAUAAACAAGCUAGAUCAAUUGGACGAUGUCAUCCCAGAAAGAAAUAAAGUCCUCGCUGCUUUUAAAUACUGCCGAAGGUCAAAGGUCAAGACUAUAAUCAUCGGCCAUGAUCCUAUUCCGUAUAGAGAAUUUGCUACUGGCUUGGCUUUUUCAUAUCCUGAGGGUACCGUGCUGCCUCCGUGUGACCCAGGACGUCAUCGGUACAAACAACGCCACGCGGCUAUGAGAAGACUUCACGAUGUUCUGUCACCGACAUCCCCAGCUGAGGAGGAAACGUCUGCCUGCCACAUCACCUGGGCAAAGAAAGGCGUCCUGCUGUUGAAUGCAGCACUGACCUACACAAAUCCAGCUGACCAGCAGUUGAAUAUUCAUCAAGAAAUAUGGCAAGAGUUUCUAACAAAAUUGUUAGCCGAAGUACUCGGGGAUACGUUUAAUGUGCAAGGUCCCCUGUAUGUCGUAUGUUGGGGUACGUUUGCACGUGCGCUUUAUGUCAAUUUGACGGCAGAUGGAGCAAUAGCUCCAAACAAAUAUCUUUAUUUAGGCCAUCACCCGACUUUUGAAAUGAAAGAUUUAAAAAAAAGCGAUUUUCAUGGUCUUCAUAAGCCACCCCCAUACGACGCCGGACAAUCGUUUAAAGACCAGGCAAAAGCUUUAUUUAAGGAAAUACAUCAGAGUUAUCCCGGACUGUUUUCUCUAGAUAGAGUCGGGGCGGAUGAAGAUAGAGUCGAGACGGAUGAAGAUAGAGUCGGGGCGGAUGAAGAUAGAGUCGAGACGGAUGAAGAUAGAGUCGGGACGGAUGAAGAUAGAGUCGGGAUGAAUGAAGAAAUGGUCGGGCAGUUUGCUCAAAUGAGGAUGUAAAAUCGAUUUUGUUAAACAUUCUGUAUAGAACAAAACUAUGUUCGGUGAUUCAGUUUUAAAUCGAGCAGAUCAAAGUGGAUGAUGUUGUAUUUGUUCUAAGUGCAACAGUGCAUAACAUAUUCAUUUUGGGAGAGCGUUUUAACUGUGCUUUUAUUAACCUUUAAACGAAAUAUGACAGCAUAUACUUAAAGUGCGUAUUGUUCUUAUAUAUUUAAACUUGGUGUCCUUAAAGACAUUUAAUAGUUACAUGAUGUACAUAUUCAAAAGUAAAUAAUUACAUUCCGGAUUGAAAACGCAUACCGACGACUCAUAAUCAUAGUUGUAUAUAUAUCAAGCAUUAAUACUAUAAAAACCCGUAUUCAAAAGUUAAUGGAAUUCUUGAAAUCUUAAAACAUAUGUUAAUCAAACAAAUUUGAGUAAACUCACGUUUAAAACAUUUGCGCUUCGAUAAACAUUGUUAUAUCCUAUACAAGACCGUAACGCAGAAAAAACGUAAUUGUAUUAACAUUUGCAAACAGCUCGGAGUUUGAUCAGACGCCGGCGUCUGAUCAAGCUCUCAGCUGUUUGAAACACAGAGUGUACUUAUUCUAUUUAAAAACAAUAUAUUUUUGUAAAACAUUAUGCCCCUUGGCAGCCAUGUUGUUAGUAAUUCAGCCUGAAGUCACAAUAACCUUGACCUGUGACCCACAAAAUCAAUAGGAUGUAUCUGCUGCUUAUGACAAACCAAACUAUCAAGUAUGAGGUUCAUGUGCUUAAGCAUUCUCAAGUUAUUGAUCAUUGAUCAAAAGCUGAUUUUCAGCGAACAACUGCAUUGACCUUUGACCUUCUGACCUCAACGUCAAUAGGGUUCAUCUGCUUGUCAUGACCAAUCACCCUACCAAGUAUGAGGUCCAUUGGUCAAAGCGUUUUAAGAUUAUUGAUUGGAAACCAUUUUUCAGCUAAAUGUCACAAUGACCUUGACCUUUGACUCUCUGACUUCAAAAUCAAUAGGGUUCAUCUACUGGGGAUGACCAAUAAGCCUACCAAAUAUGAUGUCCCUGUGUCAAAAGGUUCUUUAGUUAUUAAUCGGAAACCAUUUGGUCUACCGACCGACAGACCGACAUGUGCAAAGCAAUAUACCCCACUUUUUUGCAAAUGGGUAUAAUAAUAGCAGACGACGGCAUUUGCAGACGAAACAAUUGCAGACCAAAAUGUUCAGUCUUUCAAAGGAUAUUGAAUGUUAUUAUAUUAUCUGUUAUCAUUCUCCUUUACUCCAUAGACACGCCUUUUGACGCCACUUUAGUUGACAACGUUUGGAAGCAUGAAGGAAAUGAACCAAUUACGCAUAACGAGAAAAAUGCCACAUGUUAAACAAUGCUCUUAAAACUAUUUAAAAUUAUUUCUUUUCAAAAUCAUGAUUUUCUUGCUAUAAAGUUGUCAUCCUUUCCCUCAUAUUCUUUCCUGUGGAUGUAUGUACAAAUAUAUGGAAUGAAUGGUUAGCUA